AUGAAGUUGGAAAUUGCAAUGAGAGAAACCCCUCUUCUAUCCCUUUUCCCUCAAGAACCGUGCAGAACAAUAGAGAUGCCAACGUUUUUUCGGUUUGGUCAUGUUUGUGCUGCCCUAGAAAGAACUGGCAUAACUUACAAAUUUCCCUGUAUGAAAACACAGAUCAACUCGAACCAGUUCAAGUUGAGCUCAUUCAACUUUGGGACUCAGCAAACUUUUACCGGGCCGAACGAUAUUGAAACAUGCCUAACCUCGGCUCUGCUUGAUGUGUUUGUAAACCAAACUGGGAACGAUGAGCCAAUCGCACAGAAACCUAGUUUGAAAUUAAGCUCCAAAUCAAUGCUCAAGCUAAACUAA